AUGGCUCCGAUCGAACGAGCAACUCUUCGCCCCAGCGUCUACUACGAGUUCCUCCAAGGACACUCUGCGAUAGCCGCCGCGGACAACAUCUGCGCUGCAUUCAAGGGCAACGUCGUCCACUAUUCCACGGGUCUCGGUCGCUCCGCCUACCCGGACUCUUCCUGGUUCAGAAAAUUAUUUUGGUUUCUCGUCUUUCUCGCGGUUUCGGGUUACACGAUCAGCCAAAUCAUCGACACCACCAAGAUGUACAUGGCUGGGCCGACGACAACGAUGACCAAGGAAGGGCUUCAUCUCGUGCUCACGACAUACGCACCGAACAAUGUGCUCCUUCUAUCGCCGGCCGAUGGCUUCAGGCUCACGGUUCACCCAAUUGAGUCCGACCCAAAUUCGCUGGGAGAAGGAUUUGACGUGAACCUGCAAAUGGUUUCCAACGUCGUCAUUGCGAAGAUGGAGUUCGAGCGACUUCAUCCAGAGGAUUGUGCUCUGGAUACUUUCUUGAUGCAGAGUGAGAAUCUCGCUGUCGUCAACGUGUACUAUGAAACCAUGGCCGUUGAGAAAACCGUGGAGAGUGCUCUGUAUCCUUGGACAAGCUUCAUCGGAACACUGGGAGGGUUGCUGGGUCUCUACACUGGAGUCUCCUUCCUUUCCAUUCUGGAAAUGCUGGAGUGGAUCCUGGACCUUAUAUUGUACGGAUGGAGAAAGCCUCGGCACGGCAGGAUGGGACCGAAGCGUCUGGUCAUCAUCACCUUGAGGGACAGACCGGAAAUGGACGGAAAAUCCGGAAUGAAGGAAGCGGAGAAAGCAGGCCUGACUUGGGAAGAUCCGCCCAUCUACAAUCCUCCAAAUUUUGAAGAAACCUGGAAAGCUGCACUCGAUCUUGCCCAUUCUCGUAAAUUUGUCAAGACGCACCGAUCUUCGUAUCCGUAG